UAUCAAAAGACUAAAUAAAAAAUGAACAAGCUGGAGUGUGUUUGCGGAGAACAGUCCUUGAGAUUUAAAUUUAGUGAAGUUGAGCCUUGUUGCAAUGUCAAUUAUAACACUAGUUAGAUAAGACUUACAUAAUAGAUAACAAGCUAGAGUGUAGCAAGAAUAUGGUUAAGAUGUGUUUGAGUAGACGUGUCUUGCUUAGAUGAUACCAUACAUGUGGGCUUAUUGUUGAUGCUCUGGUUUGGGCGGAAUACUUUGGUAAGAAAUUUUGCCAAUAUUAGAACUAACAUUAUGAAAGUGUUUGUAUCACACGAAGAAGUUCCUCAACCAGCUUUGGAUUUACUCAAAGAAAGGUAUGAGUUGGUGAUAUGCCCAGGACGUGAACCCACGAGAGCUCAAUUAUUGGAAAGGAUUGGUAAUGUUAAUGCUUUGUUUUGGUUCUCAAAACAUCGUAUUGAUGCAGAGCUGUUUAAUAUUGCAGGGCCAAGCCUAAAGGUUAUUGGCACAAUGUCAGUGGGCUACAAUCACAUAGACGUUGCAGAACUGAAGAAGCGAGGCAUCAAACUGGGCAACACGCCGAAUGUUCUGAACAAUGCCGUUGCGAACAUGGCUAUUGCUCUCGUGUUAGCAACAGCUCGGAGGAUGCAAGAAGGCCGGCAGGCAAUACUGGAUGACGUUUGGGAGCUAACUCGACCGCAGUGGAUGUUGGGACAGGAUAUUGAAGGCUCCACGGUAGGCAUUGUGGGGCUCGGUAAUAUUGGCCAAGCUAUUGCAAAGAGACUUAAGGCAUUUGAAAUAUCCAGGAUUCUUUAUUGCGGUCAUAGGCCUAAGCCAGAAGCUGCAGCACUAGGUGCUGAAUUUGUUUCGUUCGAUGCUCUGCUGAAGGAUAGUGACAUUGUGAUCAUUAUCUGUCCCUUGACAGAUGAAACACGAGGAAUGUUUAAUAAGGAUGCUUUCUCAAAGAUGAAGAGAACUUCGAUACUUGUUAAUGUUGCACGUGGAGAAGUAGUAGACCAACCAGCUCUGAUAGAAGCGUUGGAGACUGGACAGAUCUGGGGUGCAGGGUUGGACGUCAUGUAUCCCGAACCACUACCAUCUAACCACAAGUUGAUGACACUUAAAAAUUGUGUUGUGGUGCCGCACCUGGGCAGUGCCACCCUCAAGACCAGGACGGACAUGGCCGUGUUGGCAGCGCAGAAUAUAAUUGCUGGGUUGGAGGGGAGACCACUGCCAGCCCAAGUUGUUUAAAGUUGUGACAAGUGGCCUGUGUAUACUCGUUUUGUGUAUUAAGAGUUUUAUGAGGUCCUGUAUUGUACGUGACCUACGUUGUUUACAGAGUAUAAAAGAACUAUUUUCUCA